GGCCGCAACUUUUCCUCUGUUUGAAUCUGAUUAAACGCCUCUCUGUAAGUAGGCCUGUGCAAAACAUCUCAAACCAAGUAAAGAAGUUCUUCAUAGAACAACAGAGCAGCAUUAUUUAUUGAUUAUUUCAAGAAAUGGGAGUUGGAGGCACUCUGGAGUACUUGUCUGAUCUAAUGGGCAGUGGCCACUACCACAAGAAGAAGAGAAAGCAGUUACAGACCGUAGAGCUAAAGGUGAGGAUGGACUGUGAUGGCUGUGAGCUUAAGGUCAAGAAAACCCUCUCUUCACUAAGUGGAGUGAAAUCGGUGGAAAUUAACCGUAAACAGCAGAAGGUGACAGUAACUGGGUAUGUUGAACCAAACAAGGUGCUCAAGAAGGCCAAGUCAACAGGGAAGAAGGCUGAGAUUUGGCCUUAUGUACCCUACAACUUGGUGGCUCAACCAUAUGCUGCUCCCGCUUAUGACAAGAAGGCUCCUCCUGGUUAUGUGAGGAAAGUGGAUAUUACUCCUACCGUUGGAACCGUGACAAGAUAUGAAGACCCUUACAUGAACAUGUUCAGUGAUGAAAACCCAAAUGCCUGCUCUAUCAUGUAG